UUCCAAAUCGAGCGCGGAAUAGUGUGAUUCUGUUGGAGUUGAAAGGCUAUUAUCUACCUAGGGUAUAUAUGAAUCUUACUCGAGAGGUACUAGGUAAGCUAUGUCUGUCUUUAAUCACCUCAAAUUGGUAUGAUGGACAUUGAUCUCACUCCCAAAUCAUCCCCAGAACUCAGGAGAACGAUAGAAGCUUUCAAGGAGUUAGAUGCACAAUGGAUCGAUAUCAAGAGUUUGCGUCUGUGGCUUGAAACCUGUGAUAAAGAACACGGUUCUCGCUGCCAACGGGUGCUGACUCGAGAAAGUACCAUCGAAACACUACCGCAGUAUCUUGUCGAUAUACAACGCAAGUGUCUAAAGCUAGCCAAGGAGGACGACCGAUAUGCUGCGUUGAGCUAUGUAUGGGGUGGCGCGACUACAACAUUAACAAGCACAUCAAACCUAGCUCUGCUUCGUGAACCAGGUUCCCUCUUCUCUUCUCAAGUUACUUUACCAAAAACUAUCAAGUACACAAUCGGAUUACUUGAGCGACUGGACAUCCCUUACCUUUGGCUGGAUGCUCUUUGCAUUGUGCAGGACGACAAUGCUACCAAACAAAGGCAGAUCCACGCCAUGGCCUGGAUUUACGCCAAUGCUUAUAUCACCAUCAUAGCUGCGGACGGAGAUAGUGCUGACCAUGGCCUCUGGGGUAUACGAGGUGUGACUGACCCUCGACAUCUAGAUGACGACACAGUUUCUGCAAUUUAUACGUCGCUUAAAAACCAUUCCCCAGGGUGGUAUAGUAGAGGGUGGACAUUUCAAGAACUCACAUUUUCUAGACGAAGGACCAUGUUCCAUAAUCAAGUCGCAUUGUGGGAAUGCCCUUGUGCAUCGUGGACCGAGUGCCGACUCGAUAGUAUAUUCAAGAUCCUACGUUGGCCAGUUCAACUUCACUACUCGAUGUGGCCAAAUAUGAAGAAUUAUCUAAAUGCGGUGAAGGGCUACAAUACCAGACAGUUUACCUUUCCUCAAGACGCACUGGGCGCCGUUGUAGGCUUACACGUUGUCCGCGGGCACGCAUUUGAUGGUGGCUUUAUUACCGGAUUGCCCCAAAUGUUCUUUCAUGAAUCUUUACUAUGGCAACCGGAAGAUACAUUGAAGCGACGCGUCUCAACUGUCGGCCCCAGUGAUUCUUCACCUCUACCCAGCUGGUCAUGGGUUGGUUGGGAGGGAGCUAUUGACAUUCAAAGAUGGACAAUGCAUCUAAGCCAUGUACGUUUCUUCCAUCCCUCGGCCGACGUUUACGCCUAUCAGGUCACCCCAACUGUGAAAUGGUUUUACUCUAACCCAGGUGAGGAUAUAACACCAAUUCAUGCCUCUUCUUUGAAAUACAGGCCUCAGCCUGGAUCCGAUAGGAGCCUUCCACCUGGUUCGCAGUUGGCGAAUACGAAGCACACGAUGUAUGAAUUUUUCGGCUUAGAAGAAACUAGGGCUGCAUACCCACUACCGCUCCUGUGCCCGCCUGGAGAUAUCGUAUCCGCCUCACUGCUGCAUAGCGAAACGAAGCGAGGCUUUUUCCAAGCCGACCGUCACGAAUGGCCAUCUUCUAGGGGGACUUUGUGUGACGAGGUAUUUCUUCUCGAUAAGGAAGGAGAAAGGAUGGGUAUGUUAAGGCUCAAUUCCAAGUCGGGUUCCAAGAUAAGGAUAGAACAAGAUCUUUGGUUUGAACUUGUUGAGAUUGCCGGAGGGGAGAUCCAAGACCCAGGCUGGAUUUCGACUUAAAAGCUUUUUGAUAGAUCCUGCGAGGGUGAUAAUUAUCAGCACUGCAUACAGCCAAUCAUAUAUGUUUUAUGGGUGGAAUGGAUCGAAGGUGUGGCGUAUCGGAAGGGUCUCGGCAGAGUACUCGCUUCCUCUUGGAAUCGAGACGCCACGGAAAAGAUCAAAUUAGUGCUAGGAUAAUACUACGAGCACCAUUAACUAUACCGUAUAUGAUACGGAUUCUCUAUGUCUUGAUUCACCAGCACCAUCCUAUUAAUAAAAUUUGCUUUCGUGGGUUUGAAUCUGUUGUGUCCCCAUUACGGCAUAUUUAGCC